AUUUUUUUGGAAAGAAAGAAACUGUACGGUAAAGAUUUUGCUGCACUUUUCCGGCGUAGAGUGCGACGUGCGCAUUGCUCUAUGCGAGUUUGUUUGGGUGAGUGAGUGAUACGCGAACUUUUUUCCGACCUGUUGCAGUUGCUUUUUGUUACGCGCAUUUGAGAGACUUAAACACAUUUGAGGAAUAAUGGUCAUUUUCUUCCGAACCGGACUGUGUGCGCUACACUUUGAUCUGCCGUGUACUCUUUUCGUGAGGAACAAAUGCUUUUAAAUUACCGGAAACGGACUUGAAAGCUAUUAUCAGCACAGAAAAACGUUUUCAACUCGACUUGGUUGAAAGCCGCUAGCUGAGGCAGAAAGGGACGCCGUGCUAUCCCAUAACCUGUGUGUUUAACCUCAACACAGUCAAAGGAAACGUGGACCACACUGGACUUUAUUCAGUAUUCAAACUUUGUUUUUAUUUAACCACCACCAGCAACGCCGCUUUGAUAAAUCAACUGAAACAAAGAACCGAGUUGUAUUUAUAAGACUUGCAAGUGAAUCAGUGUAACUUAGUGGCAGCGGUGGUUCAAUGUUAUGGAUGUGACUGGCAGACGUAUUGUUUAAAUGUAGUUUUCAGCUCUGCGAGUGUGUUUGAAGUAUUUAAAGAAUCUUUCAAACCAUCCUUUUUUCAUUUAUUUGUGCUUAAUACAAGACCGAAUUGACCGCAAACAAAUGGAUGAACAUGCUUAUGUUCACGCGCACGUCCAGAGGUUUCUUCAAAUGCAAACAGUUUGGAGACAAAUAGCUUCUCUUCUAGUCUGACUAGACAUGUAGCCUGCAAAAAAUGUCAUAGUGUUUUUAUUUAUCUUCCAAGUUCAAUAUUUAUUUGUUGUUCAGUUUUAACACGUAGUUGUUUGUAAUUUUAUUGUUGUUGUUGCUUUGUUUGGAUGUAAAAUUUACAUAUCUCCUGGUCUCUUAUGUCACCUGCUGUUAAAACACUUGAAUUAUGUUUGUGUCCACACUGUAUUUCACCGUAUUUAUGGAGUACGCUAUUUAAACUGUACUGGUUUUCAGGUGGCAUUUAAGAGAAAAUUUGUAUUUUUAUUUUAUGCUGUAGUUGAGGCGUAUAUUAAAACGCAAUGGAUCGACUUGGCAGCAAACUGAAGCAAAAGCUGAAACUGACUGACUCUGCAAGUGUCAAGUUUAGCAAAAAGAAAAAUGAGUUGGCUAAUGCAAAUAACAACAGUAAUAGUAACAAUGCCAGUAACGGAGCCGUGACAAAGAUCAACCCCCCUGUGAGCACGUCGACUCCGUUCCCCCUCUCGUGCUCCUCCUCCGGGGAGGUUUGUGGACAGUCAGGUGGAAGACCUGGCAAAGUGGCCACAUCUCAGCGAAUAACACCAUCAAAUACCACCUCAGCACCUGUACCUGAGGAAUGUGGGCCCGGGAUUGACCAUCACCCCUCUACCCUCGCUCCACUGCGGCGCCGGUCGCCCCAGCAACGAGCAUCAUGCUACCUGCCUGAAACGAUGGAGGGUCGUGGUACUUGUGAUCUGUUGAGGCGAGGAGAGUCACCCAGAGGCGAAGGUGACCCACUGGGGGCGUACAGCCCGAAUUCUCGCGCAGCCUUGAACCAGCGGCGUUACUCGCUCGAGCUUCAGCAGCUUGUCCGCCGUCAACAGCUUCUCGCCCAGCCUCCUCCGCUGUCAUCCGUGCCACCUCCGUACCCCACGCACAGCACAGCCACCCGCUCAUCUGCCACAGAUCCGAGCUUCCUACCUGAACUAGAGCGUCAUAAACGCUUUUCUCUGCAGGAAGCUCUUUUCUACAAGCGUCUGAGCUCUGGCGGUGAACCCUGGGACAGUGGGCGACCUGCUUCCCUCUCUCACCCACCUCAGAGGACCUUUGAUAGCGGAGUAGGGGGAUUCUUGUUCCCCCCCGGCCCAGCGUUGAGCCCCUGCUCCUCUUUCAGCCUACAGGAGUCUGUGUUGGCAAGUCCUCGCUCUAGUUUUGCUAGCAGUACUGCUAGCGGAGGAGGUGGAGGUGGUGGAAGCCCAAUGGGAAGUCGCUGCAGCAGUAACCGGACGAGCGGCAUCAGCCUGGGCUACGACACCCGUCACACACCUGGGCCUGCCCAGCAUCUCUCCUCUACCCAACUAGGAGGCCCCAUUUCGUGUCAGGUGUACCCCGUAUUGGCAUCCGGGAAGACGGGAGCGCCCCCUAUGGAGGUGUGGAGGGACUAUCUCGAUGGGGUGUCAGGAGUCGGACAUGACAGUCGUCACUCCUAUCCACCUGCAUUGAGCACACAUACCGCAACCUACCACCGCGCAGAACCGGAAUGGGGGGGUUCGGAUAUGCGAGGAUCAGGAGGCGAUGGCGAGAGAGCCAGACACUCUGACCUGCCAGGAGCCCGCUAUCAGCAGGAGCUUACCCGCCUGCUAUUGAGAGAUGUCCUGGAAGGAGAAGGUCGGCUGGAAGGCCUGACCUUAAAAGAAAAGCCCGUAUCUACCAGCUCUGCGCCCACGCCAUCCUCGGCCGGAGUGCAAGGGCAGUCCGUGGAGGAACAGAUGCCUGGAAGAGAGUCAUCAGUAUCUCUGGACAGACAGGAAUACUUUGGUACAUGUGUGAAGUGCGGCAAAGGUGUUUAUGGUGCAGAUAAUGCCUGCCAGGCGCUGAACAGCCUGUAUCACACACGCUGCUUCAUAUGCGUUUCUUGUGGACGAACUCUGAGAAACAAGGACUUUUAUAACGUCAAUGGCUCGGUUUACUGUAAAGAGGACUACAUGUUCUCAGGCUUUCAGGAGGCAGCUGAGAAGUGCAACGUUUGUGGUCACCUCAUCUUGGAGCAGAUUCUGCAGGCUUUAGGGAACUCGUAUCACCCAGGAUGUUUCCGGUGUACAGUCUGCUCGAAGGCAUUGGAUGGAGUGCCAUUCACAGUGGACUACCUCAACAAUGUCUACUGUGUUUCUGACUACAACAGAACGUUUGCUCCCAAGUGCGCUGCCUGUUUACAGCCCAUCUUGCCUACUGAGGGCAGCGAGGAGAUCCUCAGGGUGGUGUCUAUGAACAAGGAUUAUCACUUUGAGUGUUAUCACUGUGAGGAGUGUGGGAAGCAACUCUCCGAUGAGCCUGGAUCUCAGUGCUUCCCGCUGGAGUCCCACCUCCUCUGCCACUCUUGUCACAUGACCAGGGUGUGCCACCACACAUAACCUUCUCCUUCACAAUACCCACUGAAUUGAUGUGGCUGACCAACAUAAACUACUUCGUACUGUCACAUGCACGCAAGCGACCACUGAAUAAUGUUGUUUUUUUCUAAUGUUUCUCUCUUUUAUGCCAGGUCCAUUUUUAAAAUAGCGUGAGGGGGAACGUUUUUGUUUAAAUCUUACUGAGUUUUUGAGACUUGAGGUCAUAGUACAUUUCAAGUGCGAAUCCCACCACCAAGACAAUAUCGCCCUCUAGUGGUUGGAAAUGCACAAACAGAAUCCUGCUGAACACAAUUUUUACAAUUUAAGAUUAUUGCCUGCUUACUACAUUACUAGGGGAGUUAAGUUAUUACAGAACACUACUGUUGUACUCCCAUGUCUACUGUUUGCUGUAGGGAAAAACAAGGGACUUUCUUUGCUUAACAUUUUUCUAUAUUUAAUAACACUAGCAAAGAUUUUGCACUUAAACAUGUUUACCUAUUAAGAGAUUUUUUUUAAAAAAAUAAAAUGAUUGCAAAAGAUUAAAAACAUUCCUGUAUCUGUUUUAAUAAAGUAUCUGCUUUCUCUGUG